UAGGGGGGGAUGCUGAGGGCAGGACAAGGGGCUGACAGUGCCCAGCCUGGCUGGGGCUGUGCCAGGAGGCCCCAGGGCCUCAGGACAAGGUGUCUCCUGACAGCCCUUGGUGGCACAGACCCUGCUGUGCCCCAGGCCACCAAGACUUGGCUUCUCUUUGUCCCCACCUGUCAUCAGUGCCUCCAGUUCUCUGCUCUGCCUGGGGCCUGGGGACACUUUCUCACUCGUGUCCCACACUGGGACCCAUUAAAAGUCAAAGAAACUUUGCAGUUGGAUUCUGACUUGGAGCUCUGGAGAGGUUUCUGCAGCUCCCUCUCAGGGCCUGAUGUUCAGGGCCUGAGCACAAAGCCCCAGAGGCUCAUUCAAGUGCUUGUGCUGUGUCUGUGCUGCUGAGCUGGGCCGGGCUCUUGGCACAGAGGGUGAUGCUGGUAAGCAAGCAGAGCUUCAAAAGCACAUUUCUCUGGAUGAGCAGCUCUUCUCCCAGCCCAGCAGGGCUGGGGCACUGCCUGCAGCCAGCGCGGGCACAGCCCAGAGGCACAGAGAGCUUCAAUCAGUCAGGGCUGGGAAGGUGCUGAGAAGUGCCUGGGGCAGAAUCACUGCCAGCCCUUGGCACAGGAACCUCUGGCUGCAGGACAAUGCAGCUGCAGCUCCUGCAGUGAUCUCCUCAAGCUGGAACAUGCCAAUGCCCACAGACCCUGUGAGUACAUUCUCUGAUGGUCUCUUGUGCAGAGCAGCCAGGGGUGCCCAGGGCUGUCCUGCAGAGCAGGGUCCUGCAGCCCAGGGCGCUGUGCUGGGCCAGGGACUCUGCUGCCUGCCAGGGACAGCUCUCAGCCGGCCCGGGGAGCUGCUGCCAGCGCUGGCCAGAAGCUGUUGGGGGAAGGAGCCACCCUGAGCAGGGCAGGUGCUGCUGCUGAGAGCUGCUGGCUGGGGCAGGGCUGCUCCCAGCUCCAGACCAGCCUGGGCACAGCUCCGGAGGACACUUCCCAAAGAAGGAGCCGAUUGAGCCUCAUCCCCUCUGGGACACCUGGAAGCUUCCAAUAAAGGUGCCCAUGUGCAGCCACAGCCAAUGUCCAACAGCAGCUCCAUCAGCCACUUCCUCCUGCUGGCACUGGCAGAGACGCGGCAGCUGCAGCUCCUGCACUUCUGCCUCUUGCUGGGCAUCUCCCUGGCUGCCCUCCUGGGCAACGGCCUCAUCAUCAGCGCCGUAGCCUGCGGCCACCACCUGCACACGCCCAUGUUCUUCUUCCUGCUCAACCUGGCCCUCAGCGACCUGGGCUCCAUCUGCACCACUGUCCCCAAAGCCAUGCACAAUUCCCUCUGGGACACCAGCACCAUCUCCUACACUGGAUGUGCUUCACAGAUCUUCUUCUUUAUGUUCUUCAUGUCAGCAGGGUAUUCCCUCCUGACCAUCAUGUGCUACGACCGCUACGUGUCCAUCUGCAAACCCCUGCACUACGGGACCCUCCUGGGCAGCAGAGCUUGUGCCCACAUGGCAGCAGCUGCCUGGGCCAGUGCCUUUCUCAAUGCUCUCAUGCACACAGCCAAUACAUUUUCCCUGCCCCUGUGCCAUGGCAAUGCCCUGAGCCAGUUCUUCUGUGAAAUCCCCCAGAUCCUCAAGCUCUCCUGUUCCAAAUCCUACCUCAGGGAACUUGGGCUCAUUGCUGUUAGUAUGUGUUUGGUAUUUGGUUGUUUUGUGUUCAUUGUUUUCUCCUAUGUGCAGAUCUUCAGGGCUGUGCUGAGGAUCCCCUCUGAGCAGGGACGGCACAAAGCCUUUUCCACCUGCCUCCCUCACCUGGCCGUGCUCUCCCUGUUAGUCAGCACUGCAGUGUUUGCCUACCUGAAGCCUCCCUCGAUGUCCUCCCCAUCCCUGGAUCUGGCCCUGUCAGUUCUGUACUCGGUGGUGCCUCCAGCCCUGAACCCCCUCAUCUACAGCCUGAGGAACCAGGAGCUCAAGGCUGCAGUGUGGAGACUGAUCACUGGAUGGUUUCAGGGACAUUAAACUGCUGGCCAAUUUCUGCAAAUCACUUGUAAUAAAACUCAUCUUUGAUACUU